AUGUCGGUCGAAGUUAGCUUGAAUACUCCUCUGGCGGAUGCGCUUGAUGCCGCCAUCAAACCCAAGCUCAUCGAAGUGGGAUGGGGUACUGGCUCCGAUGACUCUGCGUCUCUUUCUGAGUACAUCGUCCUGAUGCUUGUCAACGGCAAAAGCCAGGAUCAGAUCGCCGCAGAUCUUUCAACCGACCUAUUAGGUCUCCCUGCCGAUGACCCUACUGUGCACGACUUUUCGAGAUGGCUCUUCGAACAGGUUGGCCUCCUUAACGCGCAGUUGAACGGCCGCCACCCCGCUGGUGGAAAUGCUCCAGAAGGCGCAUCGCAUGACAUGGCUCAAGGGGGAGACAUGGACACUGAUAUGACUGUCAAUGAUGUUUCAGAACUUAAUGCCCCUACUGGCCCCCGCUCGAUGCGAAAUGGAAACUUCCGAGGUGGCAGAGACAAGAGGAUGCUUGGACACAUGUCAAAAGCCAUGGACCGGACCGGCGAUAACGCCCUCCACCGCGUGCGAGGUAACGGCAAUGAGAGGAUUAAUACCCAUGGUCGCGUUCCACCAUCUGGGCCCCGAAACGCCCAAGGACGCAUGCAGCGAAAUAACCGUGCUUCGAACCUUCAAGCUGGCCUGGCUGCAGGUCCCCAAAGCGCCGGAUGGAUGAUGAAUGGACAACAACCGAGCGAGAUGGAUAUCAUGGCUAUGAUUGAGCAGCAGAAUCAGAUGAUGUACCAGUUGUCACAACAACUGAUGGGCGGAGGAGGACACAACAGAGGGUUUGGUAACCAGCGCCGGGGCAAGUCACUGUUUGACCGCGUUCAACACCCUCACCAGCGGAGGGGCAAUCAACAUAACCAACAGACCGAUGCCGACGGAUCAAAGGAAAAUGCCGAGGGCGGGGAAGAUGUUGACAUGUCUGGUGACAAGCGCAACCCCCCGAACCCCGACGAUACUGUUUGCAAAUACAACUUGCAUUGCACCAACAGAGAAUGCAAGUUUGCCCACCAGUCGCCCGCGGCCCCCCCCGGCGUGACUGUGGACGUUACCGAUGUAUGCAGCUUUGGGGCUGCUUGCAAGAAUAGGAAAUGCGUUGGUCGUCACCCUUCGCCAGCCACAAAGCUUGCGCAUCAGAGCGAACAGGACUGCAAGUUCUUUCCCAACUGCCAGAACCCGCGCUGUCCAUUUAGGCAUCCAUCCAUGCCCUUGUGUCGCAAUGGUGCCAAUUGCACCACCGAAGGCUGCAAGUUUACUCACGUCAAGACGAAAUGCAAGUUUAAUCCCUGCAUGAACCCAACAUGUGCCUUUGCGCAUGAGGAAGGCCAGCAAGGCGGUUUCAAAGAUAAGGUCUGGACUGCCGACUCAUCCAACGAGCACGUCAGCGAGAGGAAGUUUGUAGAAGAGGGCAGCCAGCCCGAGCUUGUAAAGGCCGAUGAGAUGACGACGGACCAAGCGGCGCAGGACGCUGAGGUUAUCGGAUGA